CUAAUAACUAUGAUUGAUAACUGAUUUCGUUAAUCCUAUCAGAAAGGGAGCUGAUAGAAAAAUUAAUGAAAUGAAAGAGUGACUCAAUAGUAUGGGGAGCGACAUUAAAUUUUUGAAAGGAAAAUGUUGAAUAACUGUUUGAAAUCAGAAAAUGGAAAGUAUUGAAAGAAGCAGCAAAGAAGCAGCAAAGAAAAAUCUUAAAUCCAUCUAUGUGCCAAAAAAAACUUAAGAUAAAGCGAAAAAUGAAUAAAGUAAUUUGAUGAACGUAGUCUAAUUAGACGAUAAAGGAGGUGAAGAGAAUGAGUUUUUAUUUUCAGAAAAAACAGUUAUUCUAAUACAUGGAUAAUAGCUGCGUCUGCAAAAAUACAACAACAAAAAAAAAGGAAGAAUUUAUUUGGAAAUUACAUGAGAUUAAUUAAAAAAUUGAUAAUCCAG